GUGGCCAACGUCAUUUCCGUUACGCGAUACUAGAACUUUGGCGCCGCAUAUUCAAAAAGGUCCUUGCAAACAUUGGAGGGUUAACGCGGUAAAACUACGAUGAAGACGAAUUAAGACGUUACAUUAGUCAGUAAACUAUGGACAAAAGGUGACUUGAGCUAACGCUGUGUGUAACGUUCAUUAUAUCCGUACUGUAGGGAUGAGUUGGCGUUCGAUACCAAGCAACGUUAGAUCUCUGCGGGUAGCUGAGAUGCUUCCAGCAGUUAAUCAUAUUAUCGGUUUGUGAGCUGAAAUAAUGUCGCUAUUGAUCCUCUGAGAGACAAACUGGGUGUUAGAUAGAAAUAGAAAUUGCAUUAAAAUAUAAAUCUGAAACAAGAUUCAUCAUGAACAGGAACAAAUUGAAGAAACCAAAGGUAUUAGGAGGACAAAAGAUCACUUCCUUCUUUUCCUCUCAAAACCACCACAUGGGCUUACUGUCUGGUGCUGCAUUCAACAAGACUGAACCUCAGCUCAAACAUGGUCAAACCUCAUUAAUCGGACCACAGUCCCCCUUAAAGAGGGGCAUUCUUGGGGACCUUAAAAACCUCCUGCCAUCCAUGCCAGAUAUCCUCUGUUCUGUACCGGAGACCCCCAACAGUCAGAUCAAACCGGCUUCUUCUUUCUCUUCUUCCUUCAAUGAUCCAGGUCAACUAAGCCCCCUUUCAAGCAAAGAGGGGACAGUCCUGGAGAAGCUUGGCCAGCUUUCCCCUAUAUGUCGUAAUCCUCACUCAAAAGGACAAAAUUGUCAGAGAGUAAAAACUGAGGAGGGAGCAAAACCUAAGAGAAAAGAGGGAUCCUCUGGCUCCUUAAAAAGACUCUUCAGCCCUACACAUGAGCCCCACAAUGCAAAGCGACCAAGGACUGCAAACUCAAUGGCAAAAAUACCUCCACCAGCACCUGACAGCCCCAUUAAAAACAAUUUGACAGUGACAAGGCCUGUGAUUGGCUCUCUGAAGACACCUCACCAGUCUGAGAGGAAACAAAAAAACUGUGAAGAGGAGAGAGAUGAAAACAAUAAAGAUAGUGGUUUCACUGUGAUAACUGAGCAGAAGGCUUUUGAAUUUAAAUCCAAUAAAAAUGCACACGCUCGUCUGAAUACUGACAAUCGCGCUCCCACUGGUUGGGCAGGUACACUAACCAACACAGCUGCAGUAGAAAGAAGUGUCAGAAAAAUUAAGACGGACUACGGUGAAAAAGAGGAUGAGACUGACCUCAAAAAUAAAGAAGCUGCUAGAUCAACUAUUCAAUCAUCUGAUGGAGACAGAGACAAAGUAGGGUCCUCAGAUCAGGAGCAACCUAGAGGAAAAGCAUCCGUGUGUCCUGAUGAAGAGGGGCUUGAUGAGAGCUGGUUUGCAGAGCAGAUGGAUCAUCCUGAAGGACAUGUUGCAGAUGAUAAAUCCAGAAAAAAGCCUCAUAAAGUGCCUGAUCACAUCAUCCUCUCUGGAGGCGCCAAUAACCGUUACUGGGUUUUAGAUGUUGAUGAGAAGCCUGGAAGCAAAACACUGACCAUCUCGUGUUUCAAAUCUCUCCAUACAACUGAGACAUGUCUGCUAAAGGAUGGAUGGGAGAUGACACCUGUUUGCCAUGGUGAUGUGGUGCACAUUGAGGGGCGCUCUGAUGAUGGCUCCUGGAUAGUUGACAGGGAGCAGGGCUUUCUGAUUUUACUACCCGAUAGCCUCAUCUCAGGAACCAGCAUCUCCAGUUCCAUCCGCUGCAUGAGGAGAGCAGUGCUGGGAGACAUGUUCAAGAGUUUUGAUGGUGGCUCCAAACAAAUGCUGAAUGGCACCAUGGUCCAUGAAGUCUUCCAAAAAGCAGCUAGGGCUAAAGACUUCUCUUCAGAGAUGCUGUCUAAGCUGGCUGAUCAGGCUCUGCAUGGUCCUCAGUACCUGGGAGACAUGUACAGUUUGGGUGUCAGCCAGGAAGAGAUGAAGCAGGAGCUACAUGACUAUCUACCCUCACUGGAGCAUUGGGCAAAGGAGUACCUCAGCUCCCCAACUCCAAAAACUGUUAGCCUUAAAAUCCCCAGCAGCUACAGCAGGGCUUCAAAUGUGGGUACAGACUCGGCCUCUGUCGCCACAGUUACGGAACUGGCUGACAUAGAGGAGAAUGUAUGGUCACCGAGGUUUGGCCUAAAAGGGAAAAUUGAUGUGACUGCACGAGUUCGAAUCCAAAGACCACGAAACGGUACUUACAGAAAUCCUGAGGAGAGGAUCAUACCGCUGGAGUUGAAAACUGGACGGGAGUCAAAUUCCAUAGAGCAUCGGAGUCAGGUGAUUCUUUACACUCUGAUGAGCUUGGAGAGAUACAGUCCUGAAGCUGGCUUCCUGCUUUAUCUCAAAACUGGCAACAUGCACCCUGUAGUGGCCACCCACAUGGACCGCAGAGAGCUGCUGAAACUGAGGAACACUUUGGUUCACCACAUUAAUAACUGUGUGGAGAAAAAAGCCAAUAAAAGCAAUUUGUCCCGACUUCCUGACAUCCUAACGAACAGACAAACCUGCCAGUACUGUCCACAGAGGAGAAACUGUGCUUUAUAUGAGAGAGCAGUGGAUGGCAACUCUCUUGGCGAUCAUGAGGAUGUUGUGCAUGACUUCCUGCAGCAGGAGACAGGCCACCUCACCCAAAAACAUCUGCACUACUUUUCCCACUGGCUACUGCUCUGCUGCCUUGAGGCGGGAACCAUGGAGACUAAGAAUUCCCGAAAGCGUGUGUGGCUUCAGAUGGCUGAGGAGAGUGAGAAGAGUGGGAGCUGUGUGGCGAACGUGCAGCUCAGUGGUGCAGUCACCAUGCAGUCUGACGGGGUUUUCCUCCAUCGGUUCCAGCGGAGCAGUGUAGCUCAGCAGAAGGGUUUGACAAGCAGUGGCUUGGCUAGUGGAGACCGCAUUGUUGUUAGCGAUCAGGAAGGCCAGCUGAUUGGUUUGGCAACAGGUUACUUGUGCGAAGUCAGCAGAACAUCAGUCAGCUGCACUCUGGACAGAGACCUGUCCAAGUUCAGUGGUGUGUUAUUUCGAUUGGAUGGUGAUGAAGGUGUGGUAGGCCUCAGCACUCAUCUCACCAAUCUCUCUCGACUGAUGGAAGACUGUCAGGACAGUGACCGUCUGAGGGAGCUGAUUGUUGACCUUCGGCCUCCAGAGUUUAUUUCAAACCUCAGUUCUGUUCUGCCAAGAGAGGCCAAAGACACGGUGGCUAACAUCCUCAAAGGACUUAACAAACCGCAGAAGCAGGCCAUGAAGAAGGUGCUGUUAUCCAAAAACUACACACUGAUUGUUGGCAUGCCAGGCACAGGCAAAACCACCACUAUCUGCACUUUGGUUCGAAUCCUUCACGCUUGUGGUUUCAGUGUGUUGCUGACCAGCUACACACACUCUGCUGUCGACAACAUCCUGCUUAAGUUAAAGCGGUUCAGAGUUGGGUUUCUGCGUCUCGGUCAGGGACAAAAGGUUCAUCCUGACAUUCUGCCUUACACAGAAGAAAGUUUGAGGAAAAAAGGAGUUCACACCCUGUCAGAGUUGGAGCAGCUUUAUAACAAGGAGUUGGUUGUGGGAACAACCUGUAUGGGCAUCAAACAUCCCAUUUUCACACGCCGUCGCUUCGAUUUCUGCAUCGUAGAUGAAGCUUCACAGAUCAGUCAGCCGAUCUGUGUGGGCCCCCUGUUCUAUGCCAAGAGAUUUGUCCUGGUUGGAGAUCACCAACAACUGCCACCAAUUGUUCAAAAUCAGGAGGCAAGGUCCCUUGGGAUGGAUGAAAGUCUGUUUAAGCGACUGGAGCUCCAUAGUGAAGCAGUGGUCCAACUGAAUGUGCAGUACAGGAUGAACAAGCAGAUCAUGUCUCUCAGUAACUCGCUGAUGUACGAAGGCCGACUAGAGUGUGGAUCAGAGAGGACAGCCGAGGCUCUGCUCACCCUGCCCUUCCUGCUUUCUGUCCAGUCUGAGCUCAAGGCUCACAAUGAGUCUGAUCCCCAGCAUGACCUGACUUGGGUGAAGGCCACAUUGUUGCCUAGCAACCCUGUGUGCUUCCUAGAUUGCUCAAUGGUACCAGCACUUGAAUCUGUGGAGCAGGGAGGUGUUAGCAAUCACACUGAGGCCGCCAUCAUAUACAAGUUACUUUCAUUGCUAAUUAAGGCUGGAUGUAAACCCAGUGACAUCGGCGUUAUCGCCCCCUACAGGCAGCAGUUAAAGAGCAUCUCUGCUUUGUUGCAGUCCUCGGCUUUCACCGGUGUGGAGGUAAACACUGUAGACAAAUAUCAAGGACGAGACAAAAGUCUGAUUGUUCUCUCUUUCGUCCGGAGCACUGCGGAGGAGGGGCAUUUAGGAGAGCUGUUAAAGGACUGGCGGCGUCUGAACGUUGCCAUCACCAGAGCCAAACACAAGCUGCUGAUGGUUGGUUCUGCCGCAACACUGCGGCGCUACGCCCCUGUGGAGAAACUACUCAACCAUCUCCAGCAGGAGAACAUGAUUAUCCAGCUCCCACCUGCUGCCCAUAAAGCCUUACCAAGCAUGUCCCUGUGAUUCAAGACUAACUCUAACUGUGAAGAAACCAUAGCUCACCUCAAUCUGCAAAAACAUGUCUGUCAUUCCUGUCACCUAAUUUUUACAGCUCCUUCUGUUUUUAUUUUGUGUUGAUCUGUUUGUGACACUACCUCUAAUGUGUAGAGUACUGGUUGAAGCUUCUAGGUUGUGUAGUGAAUUUUUAUCCGAUUCUUCAUUGUACAAAGCAAUUUGAAAUGAGCAAACUUCUGACAUUUCCAUCUUAAGCAGAUGAACAGACUGUAAAUUCUGA